UUGUUCGAAUUCAAUAGCUUUUUGUGCAGUUUGACCAGCCCAGGCCUACUCUCUUUCUACAUCAGUCUUGGGCUUUCGUAAUUCCUCUCAACUGAGAUUUCCUGGUUUACAUCGAGUUUAUCAGUAUUUUUUUCUACUCAUCCCCCCUCCCCCCUCUAGCGUUGCCAAUGCAACACAGAUAGCAGCUGUCUCUGAACACUGUCGUUCUUGAAAAACCUGUGGCACUAAUAUUCUUUUUGGUCUCCGCUUUUUCAUUCUGUCUAGAUAGUCUCCAUCCAAGACCACCAACAUGUUGGACCCAUCUUCCAGUGAGGAGGAAGCGGAUGAGAUGGUAGAAGAAGAACGCAAAGAGGUGUUGGCACCAAAUACCGGGGGCGCACGGGUGUCACCCAGCCGGACCACCGAGAGUUCUGGUGGGCUCCAGCCCUCAAGCCGGGGAAGCAGUGCUCGCCCAUCCAGCCCCAGCCCCUCGGUGGCCAGCGAUAAGGAGAAAGAUGAUCUGGAAAAGAUGCAGAGGGAGGAGGAAGAGCGAAAGAAGAGGCUCCAGCUCUAUGUCUUUGUAAUGCGCUGCAUUGCCUACCCUUUUAAUGCCAAGCAACCCACCGACAUGGCCAGACGACAGCAGAAGAUCAGUAAGCAGCAGCUACAGACAGUGAAGGAGCGUUUCCAGGCCUUCCUAAGUGGUGACACCCAGAUAGUGGCAGACGAGGCCUUUAUCAAUGCAGUCCAAAGCUACUAUGACAUAUUUUUGAAAAGUGACCGUGUGUGCCGGAUGGUCCAGAGCGGAGGCUGCUCGGCCAGUGACUCGCGGGAGGUCUUCAAGAAGCACAUUGAGAAGCGUGUCCGCAGCCUGCCCGAGAUCGACGGUCUGAGUAAAGAGACGGUGCUCAGCUCCUGGAUGGCCAAGUUUGACACCAUCUACCGUGGAGAGGAGGACCCCAGGAAGCACCAGCAACGGAUGACUGCCAGCGCAGCCUCAGAGCUCAUCCUCAGUAAGGACCAGCUCUACGAGAUGUUCCAGUCCAUCCUGGGCAUCAAGAAGUUUGAGCACCAGCUCCUCUACAAUGCCUGCCAGCUUGAUAACCCAGACGAGCAGGCUGCUCAGAUCAGGAGAGAGCUGGACGGACGACUGCAGAUGGCAGAUCAGAUCGCCAGGGGUGGCAGGUUUCCCAAGUUUGUUUCCAAAGAGAUGGAGGCCAUGUUCAUAGAGGAGCUGAGAUCCUCAGUGAACUUGCUUAUGGCUAACCUGGAGAGCAUGCCCGUGUCCAAGGGAGGAGAGUUCAAACUGCAGAAGCUCAAACGAGGACACAACAGCUCUAUCAUAGACAUGGGCCAGGAGGACGAGAACACACUGUCCAAGUCUGAUGUGGUGCUCUCCUUCACUCUGGAGGUGGUGAUUGUGGAGGUUCAGGGGUUAAAGUCUCUGGCGCCCAAUCGAGUCGUCUACUGCACCAUGGAGGUGGAGGGGGGGCAUAAGCUCCAGACUGACCAGGCCGAGGCCUCCAAGCCAACCUGGGGGACGCAGGGGGACUUCACUACCACACACCCCCUGCCAGCUGUAAAGGUGAAGCUGUUUACUGAGAGCACAGGAGUACUGGCCCUGGAGGACAAAGAGCUGGGCAGGGUUGUGCUCCAUCCCACCCCCAACAGUCCCAAACAGUCAGAACUGCACAAGAUGUCCGUGUCCAAAGGCUGCCCUGACAGUGACCUGAAGAUCAAACUGGCCAUCCGCAUGGACAAGCCACAAAACAUGAAGCACUGUGGGUACCUAUGGGCUAUUGGUAAAAAUGUGUGGAAGAGAUGGAAGAAGAGAUUCUAUGUCUUGGUGCAGGUGAGCCAGUACACCUUUGCCAUGUGCAGCUACAGAGAGAAGAAGGCAGAGCCUGUGGAGCUGCUCACACUGGACGGCUACACUGUAGACUACACCGACCCUCAGCCAGGCCUGGAAGGUGGGAGGACCUUCUUCAACGCAGUGAAGGAGGGCGACACUGUGAUCUUUGCCAGUGAUGACGAGCAGGACCGUAUCCUGUGGGUCCAGGCCAUGUACCGGGCCACGGGCCAGUCCCACAAGCCCAUCCCUCCCACCCAGGUUCAGAAACUCAACAACAGAGCCGGUUCUGCACCCCAGCUAGACGCACCCAUCUCCCAGUUCUACGCGGACCGGGCACAGAAACACGGCAUGGAUGAGUUCAUCUCAGCCAACCCCUGUAGUUUCGACCACUCUUUCCUAUUUGAGAUGGUCCAGUGCCUCACCUUGGACCACAGGCUCAAUGACUCUUACUCCUGUUUGGGUUGGCUCAGUCCAGGCCAGGUGUUUGUCAUGGAUGAGUACUGUGCUCGUAAUGGUGUGCGGGGGUGUCACAGACACCUGUGUUACCUGGGCGACCUGCUGGAGCGGGCGGAGAACGGGGCUAUGAUUGACCCCACCCUGCUACACUACAGCUUUGCUUUCUGUGCCUCACACGUCCACGGCAACAGGCCUGACGGGAUAGGGACGGUGACUGUGGAGGAGAAGGAGCGCUUUGAGGAUAUCAAGGAGAGGCUGCGUGUUCUGCUGGAGAACCAGAUCACACACUUCAGGUACUGUUUUCCAUUUGGUCGACCGGAGGGGGCCCUGAAAGCCACUUUGUCCCUGCUUGAGAGGGUGCUGAUGAAGGAUAUCGUCACCCCUGUGCCCCAGGAGGAGGUGAAGACAGUCAUCCGUAAAUGUCUGGAGCAAGCAGCCUUGAUCAACUACCAGCGCCUCUCAGAAUAUGCCAAAGUAGAAGCGGAGAAAACUCAGAAAGAUAAGAAGGAUCAGGAUCCAGAGAAUGUAGGGCGCUUAGUCACCCCUGCCAAAAAGCUGGAGGACACCAUACGUCUGGCCGAGCUGGUCAUCGAGGUCCUCCAACAGAACGAGGAGCAUCACGCAGAGGUGAGUACAGCCCACAUACAUAAUUCCAAGGGCAAAGAGGCAUUUGCGUGGUGGUCAGACCUGAUGGUGGAGCAUGCAGAGACCUUCUUGUCUCUGUAUGCAUUGGACAUGGAUGCUGCACUGGAGGUUCAGCCCCCUGACAGCUGGGACAGCUUCCCUCUCUUCCAGUUGCUCAAUGACUUUCUGAGGACCGAUUAUAACCUGUGCAAUGGACAGUUCCACAAACACCUGCAGGACCUGUACGCCCCACUGGUGGUGCGAUAUGUGGACCUCAUGGAGUCAUCCAUCGCCCAGUCCAUCCACAGGGGCUUUGAGAGAGAGUCCUGGGAGCCUGUCAAUAACGGCUCGGGGACGUCAGAGGACCUGUUCUGGAAGCUGGACGCUCUACAGACCUUCAUCAGAGACCUGCACUGGCCUGAGGAGGAGUUUGGCAAACAUCUGGAGAGUAGGCUGAAACUCAUGUCCAGCGACAUGAUUGAGUCCUGCAUCAAACGGACGCGGGUGGCCUUUGAAGCCAAGCUCCAGAAGAGCAGUCGGACCACAGACUUCCGGGUGCCUCAGUCCAUCUGCACCAUGUUCAACGUGAUGGUGGAUGCAAAGGCCCAAUCAGCCAAGCUGUGUGCCAUGGAGCUGGGACAGGAGAGACAGUACCAUUCCCAAAUUGACGCUCUUAUAGAGGAGACUGUGAAGGAGAUGAUCACCUUACUAGUAGCAAAGUUUGUGGUCAUUCUAGAUAGUGUCCUAGCCAAACUGUCCAGAUACGACGAGGGCACUCUCUUCUCCUCCUUCCUCUCUUUCACAGUGAAAGCUGCCUCAAAGUAUGUGGAUGUACCUAAGCCUGGGAUGGAUGUUGCCGACGGUUACGUGACCUUUGUGCGCCAUUCUCAGGACAUGCUGCGGGAUAAGGUCAAUGAGGAGGUUUACAUAGAAAGGUUAUUUGAUCAAUGGUACACCAGCACCAUGAACCUCCUGGGUACGUGGCUAACUGACCGGAUGGACCUGCAGCUCCAUGUCUACCAGCUCAAGAUCCUAAUCAGAGUAGCCAAGAAGAAGUACCGUGACUUCAGGCUGCAGGGCGUCCUGGACUCCACGCUGAACAGUAAGAUGUAUGACACGGUGAGGAACAGACUGACCCUGGAGGAGGCCACAGCAUCGGUGAGGGAAGGAGGAAUGGCGGGCAUAUCCAUGAAGGACAGUGAUGAAGACGACGAUGAUGUCUAGAUCAACAUCACGGGAUGAAGGGGCCAUUCGCAUCCGUCUUAACCUGUGAAUCAAUGCAUGUACUGUACCUACCAACUGUGUUAUAUUUCUCUGUCAGAUAGAAAUACCCACAAAGGAACAAAAAUACAAAUUAAUAACUGAAUAUAGAAAUUAUAAUGAUAUUAGUAUAGUAUAUAGUAUAUUAUAAUUAUGAAAUAUAUUUAAUUGUUUUACUAAAUUGUAGGUGUUUUAUGAAAAAAGUUAGCGGAGAUUUCUGGCUCAUUCUCCUAAAUCCACUCCUUAAUGUUCCUAAGCAAUAUGGAGAACCAUGUGUAUGUGGUAUUGAGUAAAAUGAUUGAGGGUAAUGCUUGGUGUGUCCAUGUUGAAUGCAAACCUGUUGAGGCGCUUUGUUAACGUACUGUGAAAACAGUAAUGGUACAUCAUUGUGAGGAGGAGAGUAGGACCUCCUAUUGUUCUUAUUCCUCUCAGAGAAAAUGUCUACUGCCUAAAUGGAACCAAACCACAGUCAGACAGACAACCUGUUUGUAUCUAGGUUGCAAUACAUUAUCAAACUUAGCUAUCCAUCCUCUUAACAACAUCAAUGUAGAAUUGACUUUUGUCGACUGAAUUCAGUACUACUACAAAAAUGUUCCCUCACUGGUAAAACAUUUAGCCCCCUUUUUAAACAAUGUCGUUUUUUAAAAUGCAAUAUUUUCAUUGUUUCGUUGUUAUAGCUUGUGGAUGUAUUUAUUGAUCAUUUUAUGUUUCAAUAUAUAUAUAUUUUAGUAACAGUGAGCUCCAAAAGUAUUGGGACAGUGACAAAUGUUUUGUUGUUUUAAUUAUGACAGUGAGGUUAAAGUGCAGACUGUCAGCUUUAAUUUGAGGGUAUUUUCCUCCAUAUCGUGUGAACCGUUCAGAAAAUACAGUACUUUUUGUACAUAGUCCCCCCAUUUAAAGUAGUAAAAAAUCAUUGGUCCCAUAUUCAUAGCACACAAUGACUACAUCAAGCUUGUGACUACAAAUUUGUUGGAUGCAUUUGUUGUUGGUUUUGGUUGUAUUUCAAUCAUUUCAUUCCCAAUAGAAUUGAACGGUAAAUAAUGUAUUGUAUUUUAUUGUAAAUAAGAAUAGGAUAUGUUUCUAAACACUUCUACAUUCAUGUGGAUGUUACCAUGAUUAUGGGAUCAUCCUGAAUGAAUCGUGAAUAAUGAUGAGUGAGAAAGUUAGACACACAUAAUACCCCCAAGACAUGCUAUCCUCUCACCAUUAGAAUAACAGGGGAGGUUAGCAUUUUAUAUCAUACCCCCAAGACAUGCUAUCCUCUCACCAUUAGAAUAACAGGGGAGGUUAGCAUUUUAUAUCAUACCCCCAAGACAUGCUAUCCUCUCACCAUUAGAAUAACAGGGGAGGUUAGCAUUUUAUAUCAUACCCCCAAGACAUGCUAUCCUCUCACCAUUAGAAUAACAGGGGAGGUUAGCAUUUUAUAUCAUACCCCCAAGACAUGCUAUCCUCUCACCAUUAGAAUAACAGGGGAGGUUAGCAUUUUAUAUCAUACCCCCAAGACAUGCUAUCCUCUCACCAUUAGAAUAACAGGGGAGGUUAGCAUUUUUGGGGGGGUAUGAUAUUUGUGUUUAACUUUCCCAUUCAUCAUUAUUCACGAUUCAUUCAGGAUUAGCCGUAAUCAUGGUAGCAUCCACAUUAAUGUAGAAGUGUUAAGAAACAUAUUGUAUUCUUAUUUACAAGUCAUUGUAUUAUUUCAAAUCCAAAGUGCUGGAGUGCAGAGCCAAAACAAUAACACAUUUGUCACGGUCCCAAUAUCUUUGAAGCUCACUGUAUAAUAGCAGUCAGCACAAAAAUAGGAAAUCAUGAAGGGAAAAGAGACUUUCUUCUGUGUCCCCUAUACUUCAGUGUCCCCUAUACCCUGUGUCCCCUAUACUUCAGUGUCUCCUAUACCCUGUGUCCCCUAUACUUUAGUGUCCCCUAUACCCUGUGUCCCCUAUACUUCAGUGUCCCCUAUACCCUGUGUCCCCUAUACUUCAGUGUCCCCUAUACCCUGUGUCCCCUAUACUUCAGUGUCCCCUAUACCCUGUGUCCCCUAUACUUCAGCCAUUCCAGGAGAUGUUUCCCCACUUUUAUAUCUGGAUUGUGAGAGAUGAUGUAUGCCAGUCUUUUCUCUGCCGCUGAUAUUGUUUUCUAUAUACACACAAUGUACAUUGCCUCGUGUGCAGUUACUGUAUGUCCCAGGUAUCCUCACAAAAAGUGUGUUUGUUCUCUGUGUAAAGUUACUGCUGGAGUCAUUGUGCUUCUGCCUUAUGGGAGGCUACGAAACUAGUAGCCUGGUCCCAGAUCUGUGUGUGCUUUUGCCUUCUCCAUUGUCAUUGUCAAACCAAUUUCCAAGCAGGUGAAAAGAGAGCAGAAACAGACUGGCACCCAGGCUACAGAACUGGGGCCAACAAAAUAAAAAUGCAACUAUCUGUACAAA